AUGCAGAUAUCUAAGGAACUACAAAUUAGUAAUGUUUUUCAUAUCUCUCUCUCUCUCUCUCUCUCUCGCUCGCUCGCUCGCUCGCUCGCAAUGCGGUGUUCCUCUGCUACCCUUUAUAAAGAACACAUUCAUUUAAAACCCAACCAGAAAAAGAUGGCAGAAAAAAAAUUGCAUAAUAUUCUCUGUUUCUUUAUCACUCCUUCUCUCAUUUUCUCUCUCCUUCUUUCUCUCUCUCUCUCUUUCUCUCUCUCUUUCUCUCUCUCUCUCUCUCUUAUAUUUUGUUUUUGUUUUCCAUUUCUUUCCCACUAUCUGCUCCCUCCAUUUUACUUUCUAUUUUCCUCUUCUUCUUCCUUCUCCACUCACACACUUUUAUUAUCAUUAUCUUUUUUCUGCCCACCUCUCUCUCUCUCUCUCUCUCUCUCUCUCUCUCUCUCUCUCUCUCUCUCUCUGUUUACCCAAAACUUUCUUUCAAAUUUUCUUUCUAUUUUCGUGCACCGUUCCUAUUUGCUUUACUGUUAUUCUUUAUUAUAA